CACACACACACACACACACACACACACACACACACACACACACACACACACACACACAUUUACAUUUCUGGCAUUUGGCAGACUUUCUUAUUCAGAGUGACUUACAGAAGAGCUCUAAAGUCUCAGUGAUAUUCAUCCUUACUGCUUCAGUGGGACACACAGUAACAACACCAUCAGUCUGAAACUCUUACACACACACACACACACACACACACACACACACACACACACACACACACAGGCUCCACCUGCACCACAUCGACAAGCAGAGAGAUGCCAGGACCGAGGCCUGUAGUUCUGAGCGGUCCAUCCGGAGCAGGGAAAAGCACUCUACUGAAGAGGCUGAUCAAGGAAUAUGAGGGAGUUUUCGGGUUCAGUGUCUCCCAUACAACCAGGAAUCCACGUACUGGAGAAGAAAAUGGAAAAGAUUACCACUUCACCACCCGGGAGAAGAUGCAGGAGAGCAUCGAUAAUGGCGAGUUUAUCGAGAAUGCCGUGUUUUCUGGAAACAUGUACGGCACCAGUAAGUUAGCCAUACGGGAUGUUCAGGCCAAGAACCAGAUCUGCAUUCUAGACGUCGACCUUCAAGGGGUGAAAAACAUCAAGCAGACAGACUUGAACCCCAUCUAUAUCUCCAUCCUGCCUCCGUCCAUAGAGAUCCUGGAGAAGCGUCUCAGAGACAGGCAGACAGAGACAGAGGAAAGUCUACAGAAACGUCUGGAAGCGGCCCGUGUCGACAUGGAGCUCGGUAAGGAACCAGGCAUCUUUGACAUUGUCAUCAUUAACGAUGAUCUGGAAAAAGCCUACGAGAGGCUUAAAAGUGCUCUUAUCGAGGAAAUUCAGAAGGUUCAAGAUGCUAAAAAGUAAGAGAACGAAAGCCAUCUUGUCCUCUUGGGAACCGACAUGAAACCUUUCUGUCCAGCCUUCAAGCAACACAAAUCUAUUCACGGUCAUUUAUUAGAGAAACAAUCGACAUGGCACUGAAAUAAGGGCUAAGUCUUAGACAACAUGUCAUGCUAACACUGUUGCUGGAAAACGUCAGUAUGAUUUUCAUUAUUAAAGUGAAACCACAGUCUUAAGCAUAUGACGGUAUAAAAAAAAUCAUGUCUGGAAGUUCAUUACAUCAGCGUAUUAUUCUUCUUUGUGUAAAUUAUACAGGCUAUAAAAAUUCCGGGUUCUGGUAGUAAAGAUGUGCUAGAAUUUUGUGGACCUAGAGAUGCUAAGGGAUGAACCUCAUUCGGAUCGAACCGAAAAUAAAUGUCUUGAACGUGACUUGAAUGUUUAUCUGAAUAAAUGUGUAGACACUGA